AGGGUGUGGGUUGGGUGUAUGUGGGGAGUUCUCUCGCGGCAGAGGGACCAGGACCAGGACCAGGAGGGGGUGUUGCAGCGCCGCGUCCUGUGCCCCUGGCGCAUCCCUCCUGCAGGCAUCGCCCGGCAGCCCCCGGGUCCGCAUCGGAGAAGGCGCCUGGCUCCCGGCUCUCAGCCCGGCUCCCGGGCGGCACUCAGCCCCGGGCCGCCGGGGGCAGGGGGAGCCGGGCCCGCAGGACCUUCGGGCGCGGGCGCCGGGCGGCAGCGGCCGCGGUAACGGGACCCGCGCGCUGGCUCCGCGCCCCGAACCAGGCCGGCGCCUCCGCCCCCACGACCUCCUUCCACCAAAGCAGCCGGUCAUCGGAGCCGCACCUCCCCGCCCCCACAGAACUGAUGUUUCCAUUUUGAGUGACCAAACAAGGGUGGCCCAGACUAACAUGGUUUGACUGUCCCCGGUGCUCCGGGGAGGGGCCGCUGGGGGAUGAGCUGGGAUGGGAGAGGGGACGGAGCGGCACUGCCCCGGGACCCGGCCCCGCGGACCGGACCCUCCACCAGCUUUCUCCCCCGGGCCGCAGCCCGAAACCCCGGGGACACGGCCACAGCUCCCUCCCCCGGGCCGCAGCCCGAAACCCCGGGGACACGGCCACAGCUCCCUCCCCCGGGCCGCAGCCCGAAGCCGACCCGGGCGGCGCGCUGGGGCAGCCCCGCCCGCAGGCUCCUGGUCCCCGGCCCGCUCCUCCUCCCUCUGCGCCAGGCACUGCGGAGCCAGCGGAAUCCCCGGGCCCUGCAGCCAGGAGGCCUCCGGACUCCGGCCCUCCGGUCCCGGCGGCUCCCGGCCCCACCCCAGGGCGGGCUCCCGCCCCCGAGCAGACGCCGUCAGCCCCGCAGGUGCAGCCCCGAGGCAGCCCGAGGCAGAUGCAGCUCUGUGGGUCCAGAGUGAUGUCUGUAGCAGCGGAGAAGUAUUUCUAGGUUCUUGGCCCGAUGUCUUGGCAGCACCUUGACCUGAAGAUGGCACCCAGGGUGCUGUGGGGCAGCCUCAGCCUGCUCCGCCUGCUGUGGUGUCUCCUUCCGCAGACAGGCUAUGUGCACCCAGAUGAGUUCUUCCAGUCGCCUGAGGUCAUGGCAGAGGACAUCCUGGGCAUAGAGGGCGCCCGGCCCUGGGAGUUCCAGCCCAGCAGCUCCUGCCGCACGGUGGUCUUCCCGCUGCUGACCUCUGGCUUUGUCUUCUGGCUGCUCAAGCUCUGGAAAGAGCUGUGCCCGGGGCCCGGCCUGGUAAGCGGCUAUGUGCUGCUGGUGGGGCCCCGGCUGCUCCUCACGGCCCUCUCCUUCGCCCUGGACGUGGCCGUCUACCGCCUGGCGCCGCUGUGGCAGGCGGAGCGCUGGAACGCCCUGGUCCUGCUGUCCGGCUCCUACGUCACCCUGGUCUUCUACACCAGGACCUUCUCCAAUGCCAUCGAGGGACUGCUCUUCGCGUGGCUGCUGGUGCUGGUGUCGCCCCGUGUGGCUCGGGGCCCCGCACCCAGGAAGCCUGCUCCGGGCUCGUGGUGGCACAGCUGGCUUCUUGGGAGCAUCCUGGCGGCUGGCUUCUUCAACCGGCCCACCUUCCCGGCCUUUGCUGUGGUCCCCGUGUUCCUCUGGGGCGUCGGCGGAGCCACAGACUCCGCCUUCAAGUCGCUGACCAAGGCGGCCCUGGGGCUCCUGCCAGGAGCGACCCUCACGGCAGCGGUGUUUGUGGCCGCGGACAGCUGGUACUUCUCCCGUCCGUUUGCCGGUAGACCCAACACCCUCGUCCUGACACCUGCCAACUUCUUGCAGUACAACCUGGACCCCCGAAACCUGGAGAGGCACGGCACGCACCUGCGGCUCACGCACCUGGCGGUCAACGGCUUCCUGCUCUUCGGGGUGCUGCAUGGCCAGGCCCUGCGGGCUGGGUGGCAGCAGCUGCGCGUCUUUUGCCAAUUGCACUCCCCGAGGGUGUGGGAUGCCCGGAUCCUGCUGCCCAGCCGCAGCUCUCACCUCCUGCUCCUCUACUUCACGCCCCUGGCCCUGCUGUCUGCUUUCAGCCACCAGGAGGCUCGGUUCCUGAUCCCCCUGAUCGUCCCCCUGGUCCUUCUCUGUAGCCCACAGACCCAGCCUGUGCCCCGGAAGGGCGCCCUGGUCCUCUUCAAUGCCCUGGGCGCCCUCUUCUUCGGCUGCCUGCACCAGGGCGGCCUGGUGCCCAGCCUGGAGCACCUGGAGCGGGUGGUGCACGCACCUGUGCGCCCAGGCGUGCCCACCCACUACACCCUCCUCUUCGCCCACACCUACAUGCCCCCGCAGCACCUCCUGCACCUCCCAGCCCCGGGGGCGUUUGUGGAGCUGAUAGAAAUGGGCGGGACCGAGGACCCGGUCCUGUGCCAGACCCUGAGCAACCUAACCAGACUACCAGCCUGCCAGGCGGCCGGCGGGCCGCGGCUCUGCCGCCUUUUCGUGGUGACCCCCGGCACCACCCGGCCCGCCACGGAGAACUGCAGCUUUCCCCUCAAGAGCGAGACUCGUGUGUUCCCCCACUUGACCCUGGAGGACCCACCGGCCAUGUCCUCCCUGCUGAGCGGGGCUUGGAGGGACCAUCUCAGCCUUCACAUCCUGGAGCUGGGGGAGAAGCCCCAGACGUGACAGAGGACCCGGGGCUGUGGGUGAAGGCCCCGCCACCUCCUCUCCGGGAAGCUGGGCCGGG